AUGGGCGAGCUGAUCCCCGGGUUGCCGGAGGAGGUGGCGAGGGAGUGCCUCGUCCGAGUGGGCUUCGACCAGCUGCCGGUGGUCCGCCACAUCUCGCGCCAGUGGAAGACCGAGGUGGAGUCGCCGGACUACCACCGGCAGCGCCGGGCGGAGGGGCUGGCGCGCCCGGUGCUCGCGCUGGUCCAGGCGCAGCCGGCAGCGCCUGCGGCUGACGACGACGCUGGUCCGGCGGUGGACAAGCACUCGACGGCGGCGGGCUCGGGAGGCCCCGCGAACUCGUACCGGAUGGUGUUGCUGGAGCCGGUGGAGGGACGGUGGGCGCCGCUGCCGCCCCUGCCGUGGCCAAACGAGAGCCUCCCCCUCUUCUGCCAGGUGGCCGCCGUGGACGGCGCCGGCGGGCAGGGGAGGAAGCGGCUGGUGGUGGUCGGCGGCUGGCACCCGGAGACGUGGGCGCCGACGGACGCGGUGUUCGUCUACGACUUCCUGACAGGCGCGUGGCGGCGCGGCGCGCCCAUGCCGGGCCCGCGCCGGUCCUUCUUCGCCUGCGCGGCCGUCGGCGGCGCUGUGUACGUGGCCGGCGGCCACGACAACGAGAAGAACGCCCUGCGGUCGGCGCUCGCCUACGACCCGGACUCCGACGCGUGGGUGCAGCUCCCGGACAUGGCGGAGGAGCGCGACGAGCCGCGUGGGCUCUGCGUCGCCGCCGGGGGAGGCGGCAGGUUCCUCGUCGUCGGCGGGUACCCGACGCAGGCGCAGGGCCGGUUCGUUGGCUCCGCGGAGUGCUUCGACCCGGCGACGUCCACCUGGGCGCCCGUCGACCUGAUGAUCGAGGACGGCGUGUGCCCGAGGACCUGCUGCGCCGCGCCAGGGCCAGGGUCGUCUGAGCGCAUGUACAUGCUGAGUCGCGAUGGGCACCUCGUGGCGCGCGACGGCGUCGCGGGAGCGGCGUCGGCGUGGCGACCGGUGGCGCAGGUGCCCGAGGACGCGCGCACCGCGGCGACCGUCUCCGCCAUCCCGGACGGCCGCGUCGUGGUCAUCGGGGCCGGGUGCCACGGCGGGGAUCAGACCGUGUACGUGCUCCGCGAGGAGGCCGGGAAAGGCGCGUCCUGGACGCGCGCCGCCGCGCCGCCGGAGUUCUCCGGGCACGUGCAGGCCUCCUGCUUCCUUGAAAUCUGA